AUGGCUGAGAAAUUGCUUUUAGAAAAUUACCUGAGCUGCCACAGUCACAAAGUGGUUCCUGUAGAAGAAGCAGUCAGUGACCUGAAGGAGCAGCUGAAAUCUGACUUAAAGUCUCUGCAGGACAAGAGGAACAAAUACAAACAAGUGGAGGAAACAUACAAUGAAAUGAAGGAACACAUCAAGAAGCAGCUGUUGUCCACAGAGAGGCAGAUCAGAGCAGAGUUCAACAAGCUCCAGCAGUUCCUGAAAGAGGAAGAGGAGUCCAGACUGGCAGCUCUGAGGGAGGAAGAGGAGCAGAAGGGGAGGACUAUCAGCAGAGAGAUGAAGAUGAUUGAGGAGCAGAUCUCCUCUCUGUCAGACAGCAUCUGUGCUGUUGAAGAAGAGCUGCAGAAACACAGCGUGCCAUUCCUCAGCAGUUAUAAAGACACUCAGAGCAGAGCCAGAGCCCAGAGCUCAGUGUCAGAUCCACAGCUGGUCUCAGGAGCACUGAUAGAUGUGGCCAAACACCUGGGCAACCUGUCCUUCAGAGUGUGGGAGAAGAUGAAGGAGAAGGUCCACUUCAGUCCUGUCAUUCUGGACCCAAACACUGCAAAUGCCUGUCUCUGUUUGUCUGAUGAUCUGACCAGUGUGAGACAUGGAGACACAAAACAGCAGUUUCCUGAUAAUCCAGAGAGAAACAUUUAUUACAUAACUGUUUUUGGCUCUGAGGGUUUCAGCUCAGGGAAACACAGCUGGGAGGUGGAGGUGGGAGACCAUCCUGACUGGGUUAUAGGUUUAUGUAAAGAGUCAGUUGACAGGAAGGGAGAGUAUUUUGCGUCACCAGAAUGUGGAGUAUGGUGUUUAUUGUAUCGCAGUGGAGAAUACAGUAAUAGUGAUGGUGCUGUGACAGUGAAGAAGAGUCUCCAGAGGAUCAGAGUCCAGCUGGACUAUGACAGGGGGGAGGUGUCCUUCUAUGACCCUGAAGACAUGACUCUGAUCUACACCCACAGAGACACUUUCACUGAGAAACUCUUCCCAUAUUUUUACAUUGGAAAUGCAGGAGACGCCCAAACCUCUGAUAUCAAAAUCUGUCAGAUUGAGAUUUCUCUGAAAACGAGUUCUCUGUGAACUUUUUUUCUCUUGUCUCAUCCUUUUAGUUACAGCUUGUUUUGUGGUUGUUUGUUUUUCAAUUUAGGCAACUCCUGUUUUUAUUUUUUAUGUGAAAUUGAAGAAAGAAAGAUUAGUAUAUCAAGCAUUUUAUACAAUGUGAUAAAAAUCAUUUUCAAAACACAGAGAGUAAAAUUAAAUGAUAAAAGUUAUUUUUGCUUUGUUUUCUUGCAAAUUCAGUUUGAAGGUCCUUUAAACUUUAUAUUUAUUUGUUCUUUUUUUGGUUGAUUUUUUUGCCUUUUUUGACAAAUAUAUAGCAGUUUCAAGUCAUUGGGUGUUCAUGAAACAGUUUUUAAACAUUUAAACAGUGCGAAGUAGAACAUACCUCCAUGUGUCAGACAUUAAUAAACAAGCACUGAUAAAUGUCCCUUUCCUUUCCUUCAUCAGUUAUUUAGAUCCACAUCAGCUAAUAACAGCAUCGUGACAAUUUGUGUUUUAAUGGUUUCAAAAUGAUGAAUAGACUUGACUCAUAAAUAAUCCUAAUGUCUUCUUUUAAUACUUAACUGUCAGUGAUUAAUUUAAGUCAUUUGCUUCAUCUAAAUGUGUUUAGCAUGUUUUGCAUUAAGUUGCAAAAUAAACCAAACUGUGUACAUUGGUGUAAUAGUUCAGCCAUGUUUUUCUUUAAAAUGUGUCAUUGCAGAAUAAUGUUGACUGUCUGACAUUUAUUCAGUUGUAUUCAUACAAACUAAAGCUCAUUCUUUGUUUUUUAGAUUGUUCCUAAGUUCUGUUUAAAUUACUUUGUCAGAUACAGACACUGUUUUCUUUGCUACUGACUGACCCAAAACAUUUAUUUCAUAAUUGUUGAACAUUUGUACAGUUGGAGCUGCUGUUUGUUCCAGUGUGUUUCUGUGAACUCUCACUUCAUGUUCCAGAUCACAUCAGCACAUUCAGGAUUUAGUCUUGUUAACUGUGGAUUUCCUCUUUUUUACCUCCAGAGCAAAUAUGAUGAAAAUGUUGGAAACAUGAGUUCCCUGAUUUCCUGGAUUAUUUUCUGUCAAUAAAUAUAUCAAAGCCUG